GGUACUUCGGACUCCCUCGUUUGUUUUAAGAGCCGUACCGAAACCGAACGCCCCAUAUUCAGAAUGCAUAUAUCCAGGGUUGGACUUUACAUGAAGAGGAGAAAGCGGGGCUGCUCUAAAGUCUGAACAUUUCGUUGUCUUCCUCCAUCCGGCCACCACUCUCUCUGCGUCUUCAGAUUGGCGCUCGUCCCCUCGCCAACAUGCUUUGUUGGGGGAACGCAAAAGACGGACAGCUGGGUAUCGGUAUAGAGAGGAACCUUAUGUUUGAGCCGAGCAACUGUCAUGUGUUCAGUGGCAGGGGACUGAAAGAAGCAGCUUGUGGAGGGCAACACUCAAUGUUUCUGCUGCAUGAUGGCAGCGUGUACACAUGUGGUUCUAACAGCUGUGGACAGCUGGGCCACAGCAAACCAGGGACUUUCCCAGAACUCGUAGGAGCUCUGGACACUCAGACGAUAACAAUGGUGUCGAGUGGUCGGUCCCAUUCAAUGGCGGUGAAUGAGCAGGGUCAAGUGUUUGCGUGGGGGUCCGGUGAAGGGGGCCAGCUCGGCCUGGGGACUGCGGAGGCGGCUGUUCGAAUCCCGAGGUUGGUCAAAAGACUGUGUGAGCAGCGGAUCUCUCAAGUAAUGUGUGGGAAUCAGCACUGCAUUGCACUUUCUCGAGAUGGCCAGCUGUUCACGUGGGGCCAGAACACCAGCGGCCAGCUCGGCCUCGGGAAAGGAGAGCCCAGCAUGCUGUUCCCUCAUCCCCUGAAGUCUCUGUUGGGUAUUCCCCUGGCACAGAUCACCGCCGGGGGAGACCACAGCUUUGCCCUCUCCUUGUCCGGAGCCGUCUUUGGUUGGGGCAAGAACAGAGCUGGACAACUUGGUCUCAAUGAUGAACAAGAUCGAGCUGUCCCGUGCCACAUCAAAUUCUUGAGAUCUCAAAAAGUUUGUUAUAUCAGCUGUGGAAACGAACAUACAGCAGCCCUCACAAAGGAUGGCGGCUUGUUCACGUUUGGUGAAGGCUCGUGGGGUCAGCUGGGUCAUGGCUCCACCAAUAAUGAACUGUUACCCAGGCGAGUGCUGGAGCUCAUGGGCACUGAAGUGUCCCAGAUCACCUGUGGCAGGCACCACACGUUGGCGUUUGUUCCCUCCUCCGAUGUGGUGUAUGCAUUUGGUUGCAACAGCCACGGCCAGCUGGGCACGGGACUACUGGGGGACGCCAGGAGCCUGCUUCCUGUGAAGGCCAGCUUCCUGACUGGAAGUCCACACAGAACCGUGACUAAAAUCAUCUGUGGAGGAGACCAUAGCUUCUUAUUGUACUCCAAUGACCAGAGUGCUGUCAUCUCCGAGGACUUCAGAGUGAUUAAUGUCAGCAAAGCAAUCGCCCCGAUCAAUUAUGAACAGUUAAACUCUUGGAGGUUAAAGCUGAUGUACAGCACAGAUUCCAGUGUCACAAAUGACAUUAUAAUCCAACUCUCCUCUACGGCUUGUUGGAACGGCAGCUUUUUGGACCAAAGUGAUGAUACCCACUUCAAAACCAACCCAAAGAUCCCAGGCAUCGAUCUCAACUCUGUCAGGAAGUUAUUUGAGAUGCUCGGCAAACCGUCUUUCUCUGGACUUCUGGAACAGGCCAGCAAGAGUUUUGAGAGUCUGUUGAUCCCUCAGCUGCAGCGCUCCCCUCCCGACGUCGAGGCCAUGAGGAUCUACCUCAUCUUGUCUGAGUACCCGGCCCUGUUUGACUCCAAGAACUACAUCCGCCUCACGAUCCCCCUCGCAAUGGCCAUCCUCCGGCUUGACGCCAACCCCAGCAAAGUAUUGGACAACUGGUGGUGUUUUGUGGACGGCGGCGGGUUCACCAGAAUGGUCGACAUGUACAAAAGCAUCGUCGUGUUCCUGCUGACGGGAGGCAAGACGCUGCUCGUACCGGUUUUCUACGAGAACUACUUUGUGGCCAUUCUGAGGCUGCUGGAGAAACUCCACAAGGUAAACUUAAAGGCCCACCAUGUGGAGUACAACCGCUUUUAUAUCCCUGACAUCACCAGCCUGGUGGACAUCCAGGAAGACUACCUCAAAUGGUUUCUGAGUAAAGCUGACAUUAAACAAUCAUCCUCCCCUUCACAGGGUGACUUUCCCUCAGUGAACCUAUGUGCCUACCCGUUCAUACUGAACGCUCAAGCCAAGACAACCAUGUUGCAAACAGACGCUGAACUGCAAAUGCAAAUGGCGGUGAGCGGUGCAAACCUACACAACGUCUUCAUGCUGCUCACGCUGGAGCCCCAUCUGGCGAGGAACCCUUACUUGGUGCUGCAUGUGCGCAGGGACCAUUUAGUAAGCGACACACUACGAGAGCUCACCAUGUACUCUGAUGUGGACCUCAAGAAACCGCUCAAGGUGAUCUUUGACGGAGAGGAGGCCGUGGAUGCAGGUGGAGUAACUAAAGAGUUCUUCCUGCUACUGUUGAAGGAGCUGAUGGAUCCUGUGUAUGGGAUGUUCACUCAUUACAAAGAGUCCAACCUUCUGUGGUUCUCAGACAAGUGUUUUGUUGAGCAGAACUGGUUCCACCUGAUCGGGAUCAUCUGCGGUCUGGCCAUCUACAACUCCACAGUGGUGGACCUCCACUUCCCCCUGGUUCUCUACAAGAAGCUGCUCAAUGUGUCGCCGACCCUGGAGGACUUCAAGGAGCUGUCGCCCACCGAGGCUCGGAGUCUACAACAACUUCUAGACUACGACGGGGGUGAUGUGGAGGAGACGUUUCUUCUCAACUUUGCUAUCACCAGGGAGAACUACGGGAUGACAGAAGUCAUGGAGCUCGUUCCUGGAGGAGAAAGCAUCAGCGUGGAUAAAAAUAACAGGAAGGAGUUUGUGGAGGCCUACCUGCGCUACGUGUUCUCUGAUUCUGUGAGCGAGCAGUACUCGGCCUUCUCCUCUGGCUUCCUGAAAGUGUGCGGUGGGGAGAUCCUGCCGCUGUUCCAGCCGUCUGAGCUGAUGGCCAUGGUGGUCGGCAACAACAACUACAACUGGGAGGAGAUGGAGAAGAAUGCCGUGUACAAAGGGGAAUACACAGCCACUCAUCCAACGGUCCGAUUGUUCUGGGAGGUUUUCCACGAGUUCCCUCUGGAAACGAAGAAGCAGUUCUUAUUGUUCCUGACCGGCAGUGACCGGAUCCCCAUCCACGGCAUGGAGAGCAUGCGUAUCGUCAUCCAGUCCACGACGGCGGAGGAGCACUACCUACCGGUGGCCCACACCUGCUACAACCUGCUGGACAUGCCCCGCUACCAGACCAAAGAGAUCCUGCACCGCCGUCUCACUCGGGCUGUGGAGCAGUACGAGGGCUUCAGUCUGGUCUGAGCAGGAGGAGACGCGCAACCCUUUUAAUGCACUUUAACAGCAAUACAACCCCAUGUCGAAGGAGUGUAAUGGGGGACUUCAGGACACAGGAAGGUUACUCUCUUUAUAUGCUCUUACAAGUUUGUUAAUCCUCUUAAAUCUGAAAGGUCUAUCUAUGUCCACGCUAAGUAUUAUUGUUUUUGUGGCUUUGGGCCAAAGUUUCUCAACCUUUUAGGAUCAUUUGGAAUAUAUUUUUUACGUAUUGAUAUUUAUUUUAAAUAUAGACACAGACCUGAAAUAUGGAGUCAAAUAAUUAUAUAAAUAUUAUUGAAUUCACACUGAAGGAUUUACAAAGGUUUGGUUUUUUAUCCAAAUAUUUCAAAGCACACAAACAAAGUUAUCAUUAUAUAAAGGUGUGUCAAUGGCUUGGCUUGAAAUGUAGAUGUUACAAUUGACUAUUUUGUUAUAGCAACCGUGAUCAUUCUGUGUUAGUUGAUGUAUUAAGACAUAUAACACAUCAUCUGUUAAACAAUGUGGUGAGAUUAAAUGGAGGGUAAUCAGCUGGGUAAUGCUCGCUAGCCUUAAACGUUAACUAUAUGUUUGUUUCUCGGGUGAUGUUUGUGACUUUGCCAUGAGUGCUACAGUGCUGCUACCCUCCACUUUUACUGAAACCAAGACAACAAUGUUAUUUACAGUGUGCCAGACUCAUUCAGCUGACCACAAAAAAUACACCUGGCAAACAAACAUAUCGCGUUUGCUAAACUAUCGCAAGCCAACGUUCGCUCAUGCAUAUUCAGUAUAUAUAAAUCACAAAAUACAUUCAUGACUCCUGUGUGCAUUUAUUAUUAUUGAGUCUUAUCUAACCAUAUAAAAAAUGUCAUGCUUAAAUUCAUAUGACCACCUAAUCAUACAUGUCGUUUGUGACCAAACAACGAAGACCAGAGAAGGUUGAGAAACUCUGUCUUUGGGUGUUUGUGUCGUUCAUUUUUUGUCGUCUUUCUUUUUUCCACAGCUGUAUAUUUUAUAUUCAACUCCUUAAAUUCUAUUUUUUACCUUUUAAAGAAUUAUGUUAUUACCUUGAGAUGAUAUAUCUGCUUUUUGUUACUUUUAAUUUAAUAAAUAGAAUGGCUAUUUUUCAACAUUUAAAGUGUGUGUGUGUAUGUAUGUAAAUAGAAAACUUUGAAUAUAAUCUUUACCUUUUGAAAUUGGGAAGAGUAUUUCUCCCGCUGAGCGAAAGGGUUCCGGAUGUAACAUUAUGUACUAUUAUUUGCAAUCAAUCGUUUCUUUAGAGCUGUGGAUCACAGAGCAGCUGACUUGGUCUUUAACCUGCAUUCAACAGUGUUGCCUUCUACAGCAAAACCUACAUGAAAAGAUGACUUUUUAAAGUUUAUUGUAGUAGUUGUUGUUGUGCAUGUUCUUAAGUGAAAGCAACAACCUGAUUGUCAUUUUAAAAAAGGUGACACUUUGGGAAAUACGCUUAAUGGCUUACUGGCAGUGAGUUCAAUGAGAAGAUUGAUCAAAUGUUCCAGAUCAAUCUGUUAUAUAAUGUGGCAACUAGCAGCCGGGAAGGCUUAGCGUAGCACAACACCUGGAAGUUGGGUGAAACGGCUGUAAAAAAAACACCCUCACUAGCACCACUAAAGCUCACUACCUGACGGAUUAUGUCCGUAAAUUAAAACCUGUAGAAACAAGAUUAUUCCCUUUUACAUGUAGGCUACUCUAGUUAUUGACCAAAGCAUUUCUUGGCUGUGACCUGAGCUUCUGUAAUCUGGUUAGAAAAUAUAUGUCUGUAAUCUGGUUAGAAAAUACACACUGCAAACCUUUAAUAUUAAUUUAUUAGAAUCCAUUGCACACCUUAUAUUUCUGGAGUCCCCAAUGGCAACUGAUCAGAGCCAGGAAAUAUUCAGGCACAUAUACAUAGCCUAACGGCACUUAAAACAACAAAAUUGUUGUUUUUACACUUUGGUGUGAGCAAAUUAGAUAGGCCUACAUGUUAAUUGUUGAGCUUUAGAUGUGCUAGUUGGCAGAUUGUGUAAUUGUUGGACAAAGCCAGACUAGCUCUUUCACCAAUUUCCGUUUUUACUAACUGACUGCUAGCUGAAGCUUCACAUUUAGCUAACAGAGUUUAGCUAACAGAGCUAAGCUAACGUUAACUCUCAAUCAGAAAGCGAAUAAACAUAUGUCCGAAAAGGUCCCUCAAUACUACAUAUAUAAUCAUUAAAAUAUAUCAAUUGUGAUAUUUGUGCGAGACGACACAAUAUUUAAAAGUGUGGGCAGAUAAUUUAUUAAAGACUUUAGAUAUAGUCAGUUGAUAAACUAUGUAUCACAUGUUCCUAAACUUGCCCUGAUGCUGUAUUUAUUCCUACAGUCCAACAUCUUAUUCCAAACGGAUGUUUCAUUAAAUUGCAUUGGUGAGGUUUGUGGUCUGGAAAACACAUUUUUUAUAUAUUUCAUAUUAUGGUGUGACUUCAGACAAUAAUUUACUUUUUGUGUCCUGACCUCAGGUCACAUCUGUUUAGCAAUAACGAGACACAGCCUGGCAAUGUUGUGAACGCUCUCCGUUAUCCUCCUAAAGGUCUUUAACACUGGGCUCUUCAACUUCUUGCUUUACUCUAUACUGCAUGUCCACACAUGUUAACUCAGUAUUUGUCUAAUUUAAGCUAAUUUCUCCUGGAGACUCCUAUGCAAAGGUUUAUGCGGCCCUUUUUUUGUUGUUGCACCUUUUAAUUUUCAAAAAAUGUGACUUAUUUUGUUGCAUAUGUGUCUGAAAUCUACACAAAGCUCUCUCUAUUCCAGGAAACUUUCUUUUUACAUUAAAAUAAUACAGUGCUCGUC